AAGCCGCCUCAGCAUCACAUCUGCGACGACUACGAGGCAUUGCGGCCACCAAACACGCCCACUCCUUCUACCACACACACGCCUGGAAGGGCCAUUGCCGUCAUGAGCUCCAAAAUACACGUCCUACACCUCUACCGGAGGUCCCUCAAGCUCGCCCUCGACUGGAGCGUCCACCGGUACCUCUGGCGCGGACAGGCUCUCUACAUCCGUGAGCUGUUCGAGGCCAAGCGAAACGUCAAGGAGCCUCGACAGAUGAGAGAACUGAUCAAGGAGACCGAAGACCUCCUUGAGAAGUGGAAGCAUCCCGAUCCUUACCGUCCACCCACGGCACCUGGAGGCUCAAAGUACGAGCGCAACCUGCCUUGCCCCAUCCUCGACCCUCCCCCGAAGAUGAUCUUGUAGACACAGUCAUUGCAUGGUAUGGAAUCAACUUGUACAUAUUUCGCCGAUAGUGUGACUCAACAACACGCAAUAAGAAAUUCAAGAAACCCAAA